UGGGCAGAAACGGAGCACACCGGCAAUAGGCGAGAGUGCGCAAAUAUUCUAGCCGAUUUGCAUGCUGCAAUCGUCAGGACUCAGUGCGUUUCGGCUGGUGAUAAUUGCGAGGAGCAUUACUUCUAACAUGCCUGUCAAUUAGCACUGGCAAGAUAGACGCAUCAAUAUUUUUGCUGAUCACCCUAAGCCUAACAUCAGACCUGAGGGCAGCAAGAGUGGAACGGCAGGCAAGAAAGUUAAUUCUCAACGGCCGUGCACGCUACGAAGGUCACGCAUGGUCGUCGUGAUGUGAGUAAACCUAAGAAAGCCCACAAACAUAAAAUGAACGGAUUGUGUGAUUUGCAUAGACGAGUGUUAAAUGUUGAUAUGGCGAACUGAGAAGUCGCGCACGUUACGCUUCACUAAUGGGGGUGGGUUUUCUGUGUCGAAACAUAUCGAUAGCCCGUGGACGGUGUUCAACUGUGAGCAAUGUGUAGCUUCCUUUCAAAGGCCCAAAAGGAAAAAUAGCUGCCUUCUUUAAGUGGUCUAUGCAAGAAGCAAUGUCUUGGAGUGCGUGUCCUACGUGUUUUUGUACGCUUGUUAGCGAUAUUCGUAACAAAAGAGUGGCUCUUGUUUGAUGCGAAGUACUUGAACGUUGCGAACAUAUCAGAUUGCGUUUUCGUUACGAAACCACAAAAAAAAAAGCAUAUGCUUGCAGUUUGUAGGGAAGUGAUAAGGGUCAUUUUUGGUGUUAUUUGUGAAUAUUCCACGAACCUAACAGCAGCCAAUUGUAGUUGUUUGAAGAAAGAGAUUUUUACCAAACCCGUUACUAGCAUACUGUUUCCCCUCCAGGACACCUCCCUCCCUCCCGCCGAGAGUAUUGACUGUUCCCAACUUCAAAGCGCGUAAUGUUUGUAGCAGGGUCUCUUACAUUACACACCGAAAUGUUUACUGUUCACUCAAGGUAUAAAUCGCGGUUGUUAGCUCUGUUCCAGCUACCGGCUCGUGUGUCAUUGCAGCACAUCAAAUUCAACACCUCUGACGUUGAUCUGGCUACUCUUGACACUAUAGCCAUUAUGAGAACGCUUGAAGUUUGUUGGACAGGAGGUUUAUCUAGCUUCCUAUCUUACCUAGAGGCAGUCUAACACAUUCACGUUAUGGAGCAAGCCACUAUCGCACAAUGUAGACAACAUGCAGCGAGGAUCUACUCCAAGCCAUAUUUCGAGAAUGCAACCCUCUUGGCAUUUUGAGCCAGUGCAGCUUGAACGUUUUCUGAUUUUUGCUGAUGACAAUGUUCCCCACCUGUCUAGGAGUUCCUUUAACGCAUUUUCUGUUUUAGGCUUUGCAAACCCACCGUUUUUAAUGCAGUAGUUAACAGAACCAUAUAAAAGGCAUAGUGGAGCUGAAGUUCUGCAAGAAAUUUUAGAUUGUUAUACUUACAUAAUGCGAAGAACAUUAACGUUACAGAACAUUCCAGGCAGGAAACAAGCGUUCUCAAUUUUAACACAUUUGGCCUGAGAUUAAAUGUAUACUCAGCAUGAAUUCAUAGUACGUGUAUUAAACGUGUACAUCCCCGUCAAAUAAAUUGUUGCCGUACUAUGAAUGUGGAAGAGAACGUGUUUAUCUCCAACUUCCGCUAGAAGAGGCAAGGGCAAAAGUUCCCUCGGCAGAAAAAGAAGCGCGCGGCAACCUCAGAAUUUUCGUACACUUACAUAGAGUGGAAUGCGCAUAAUAAAGGCGACUUUUUAAACUCCCAAUAACAGCUCGCAGUUCACGUUCUGCUAACCACUUAGCAGUUUGGGCCCCGCGUAUCCUCGACUAGCUCACCUCUGGCGCUUUAGGAAUCAGUGCGCUCAGUUCUGCGCACUUUAGAAACAGCGCCAAACGCGGAGCACGUAGAACAGGAGACGUCAGAUGAAAAACAAAAGUUCCGACCGAAAAUUGAAUAUUCUCACGCCAACUAUUUUACCACACUAAUUGAAUGAAGCCAUGUGAGACAAGGAAAUGAAGCGUCGCAUCUAAAGAUUCUAAGGGCGCUUGCACUGGAGCAUCUCCCAUGCUCAAAUCAGCCACCUUCUAUCACAGAGGAACAGAGUGCGCUAUUAUCGUGACUUUUCAGAAGAAUUCUGUAGGAAUUACAUGACUAAAGCAGCAGGCCAGCGAAGAAAAUAGUGAAACAGCCAUUGGGAAAUGAACUCCUAAAGAAGACAAAUACUCUCCGAGUUCAGUCCAUUUGUGAAAGAAAGCACUCCAGAUUUUAGCCUCGAAGAAACAUACAGAGUAUAGCGGCACCACUGCAGUGCUGCUGACUGAAGCAAUAGAAGCAAGCAAAUAGGGUCAUUUGCGGGCGCUUGUCUGAAUAAUGACAUCGCAUCCAUCCUUCCCACCACAACGAAGGCUUUCCUUUCUCGACAAUGGCUGACGCCCUCCCCGCCGAAUUUUGAAGAAGAAACGUCUGACUUGCAACCGAUAAGGGCGGAUGCUGACAGGGAGGAUUGAACGAAGAAUAAGCAGACAAAACGACACAAUCUCUCUCCAGCUGAAAGCCAAGAGAACUAGAGGAACACAUUCCGCUCAUUGAUUCUCUUCCUGCCUUAAGUUUUUUUUUUUUCGCAUAUAGAACGCCCGCAGAGGGAACGAACAGAAGGAAGUAAGGUAACAUACUGGAAUCAAAGGAAGGGCCGCUGCUGCGACAACAUCUGAACAGCCUUAAAGUGCUGUUUCUUAGUUUGCUGUUUCCUUUUCUCGAGUUCCACGCGCAAAAAAGGAAGGAAAAGAAAAGGUAAUAAUAUAGACGAGCAAAGCAGAGGAAUCUUCACAGCCGCGUUCUUACUGCGGGGCACACUUGAGGAUCCAAGCAAACGUUCACAUAGACGCCCACCCAAUUGCAAAGGAAGCACCGCAAGUUCGGUGCGGUUUUCUUCAAGCGUGGCCCAUAGAUGGGGCGCCGAGAAUCUUGCCAAUCUCAAGUUUUGAACUCUUAGCUUUAUAUUCCAAGACACUUUCUUUUUUCAGGAUUCCAUAACGGUUCGCUGUAGAACAUUUUUUUUCUGGAAUUUCCAAGUUCCAACUGCGGACUCUUCUCCCACUUCUAUUUAACUUUCUACACUUCUUCAAAAGAAACGUAUAGCGCCGGGCAUCGUACAUUUCUCAAACGACCACGCUGCCAGCAAAACAUAGAGCGGGCUAUUUCUCUUUUUUACGCACUGCUUUUCCGGCUUUCGUAGUGCAGCGUAUGAUUUUACGUUUUCUUUUUCGUCAUUCUUAUUUUUUCCUGAAAAGUUGACCUGUGGAUACCCUGCUGACCACAUUUUCUUUUUCAGCCACUGUGGGCUUUCUCUUCGUUCAGUGGUACUUAACAUAUCGUACAAGAGGUCUGCCAUCAGUUCUAUUUAUUAGGCUUAUAUGUGUCUUCAGAAGCUGUCCACGAGAAAAAAAUUUGAAUUGGUAGUUUUGGGUUUGAUUCAUCUCCAGAUCUAGUCUUGUUAUUUUUUAUUUCAUUUUUUAUUCUACUUCAAAAGGCGGUGAAUUUCUCCAAGCGUGACAGCCUAAGUUUCUUUGUGCGGGUCUACAGGGCUUCAUGGAGAGCGCUCAUCUUUAUACAAGCUCGAACACAUGCUUUUCUGCCACAGCGAAGUUAAUUAGGACUAACGCGAUAGUUUUCUUUUUGAAUGAAGGCAGAGCAAGAAGGAAGAAUUUUAAAAAAAUAAGUCAUGUAUAAAGCUGGUUUUUGUGAAAGUCAGUAGUACAGCAGAGAGAGGAUAGAAAAUACAUAAUAUGAAUUAUACACUUUGAAAAAGAACUCGUCUUCGCCCUUCCAGUCGGACUGGCGAAAAGUAUAUACACUUAGAAAAAAAAAGAAGGAGCUCUUCUGAGCGCCAUUUUCCGACGGCAGACUUAAUCUGGAAGGCGCAGACUUGCGGUUGAGUGCACGCAAAGCGCAUUAUCCUUCUUUUGCUGAACUAACGAGGAGUUUAGGACUGACCGACAUGUUUAUUUCUCCUCGAGAACUCAAGCUCUGUACUCCGCGCAGCGCGCUAAAUGGCGUCUUUUCCUGAGGCCAGGAGGUUAUCUCUAGCGCAUAGCACGACUUGGAAAGCGAAUAUAGCAAACACAGUAUUUCCGAUUUCCUCCUAGAAUCAAAUGUCGAAAUUCCAACUAUAUAGACCUGCUCUGUGCCGUAAGGCCCAAUGUAUUCCAUUAAAAAUGAGGAACGCGAGAGCACGGUGGGAGCUUGGCGACGACUUCAAAUCGACAAGCUACAUCCCUAAGAAGCGGAGCGGCUCUACGGAUCCCCAAGGAAACUGCCCGAUCUACUGGCGAGAGAACAAAAAGGAACACCUGAAAUGACCGAAUCUGGGUCCAAUCACCAUGGCUGUGUUAAGCCAGGACAGAGCCGAGCCGAGCCAAGCCAAACCGGAGGCCCCCACCACCCAUCGAGGUGGAUCGAAGUCCACCGAACCCGGAAUGCAUCCGCGAGCAGCCAACGCAGCCCGCUCUUCCUCCUCCCUCUCGCGAAGCUUUUUCAUCCCACCGCCUGUGAGUCACGCUUCCCCACAGGGCACGCCGUAGACUGUGAGGGGGCUCCGCCAAAACAAGCCUACAGACGGGAGCGGCAGCAGCAGCAUCAGUCUUGGAGGCGUCGUUCCCGCGAAAAGUAGGGAAGAGAAGGUUGCCGGGAAGGAAAGGAAAGAAGGAAGUAGACGCAUCCUACGCUCCCGCUUCACAGCAUCGCGCGCGUCCUCGCUGCAUGGUUUCGCGGGGUUGUGCUGCUCGUGUGUCGACGACGCCGCAGCCGCGGUCGUGUAUGUCAUGGGUGUGGUGGUGCGUGAACCCACGCGGCCGGUGACAAGACGAUCGGUAGUGCUGGUGAGCACCGUGUUGCUUCUCGCUGGUGGCCUGGGUGACAUCUGCCAUGCUUUGGAGGCUCCCGAGAUGCACAAGAUGUACGUGGACUCCAACCUGAAGCUUGGCGACGGUGUGGACCUAAUGUGCUCGCUCAAAAGAGGUUCGGCACCGGUACACUUCGCGUGGUACCACAACGGCCGUGAAAUACGCGCCGAGGACAAACUCGGAGACGUGGUCAGCCUCCAGGGGAAAUCCAUUCUCGUGGUGCGCGAAAUUUCACGGGAUCACAUCGGCAACUACACCUGCUCUGUGCGCAACCCGGCCGGAUCUGACAGCUACACUGUCAAGCUCUACGUGGAUGUGAAGCCCAUUUGGACCAAAGAGCCAGAAGAUGCGUCGGCUUCAACUGGCUCUAAUAUCGUCAUUCACUGCAAUGCCUUCGGUUAUCCUGUUCCAAGGAUCGAGUGGAGCAAGGAGAGAGAGGACAGAGACUUCGAGCUUGUUCGCAUGGGCGACAGAUUCAACAUGGCUCCAAACGGGAGUCUGCAGAUCCGUUCGGUGAAAGCUGAAGAUGGCGGCCACUACAGGUGUGAUGUCAGCAACGGGCUCGGGAACGGAAUUUCCAAAAUCAUUAGCGUCGCCAUUAGCACGCCUCCAAGAAUUUUGGAACGGGUAGAGGAGACAACUGUUCGAAGGAGCCACAGUGUCCGGUUGAAAUGCGAAGCAACUGGUGACCGUCCACUGGCAGUCCACUGGUUCAAGGACCAGAGGCCAUACCAGGCGACGCUGCGGGAAGGGUUCGACAUAAUUGAGCGAAGCCUCCCAGGUGGCGUAAUUUCUGAGCUCCUAAUUCAGAACAGUUCGACAUCCGACACGGGUGCUUACGUCUGCAAGGUUUCCAACAAGUUCGGCAACGUGACUUCUCUCACGAAGCUCUACGUGCUAGAGCCACCAUCGCCUCCUGUCAGCAUCAAAAUCUCGGACAUCAGAAGCCGCACUGUCCGACUGACAUGGCAAGCGCCCUACUCGGAGGUGUCCACGUUUCACGUACGCUUCUGGAAAGAGAAUUCCCAAAGCAGGAAGCUGACGCUGAUCACGGUGUCGGGAUCGGAGACCUUCGUCUACCUCAGCGACCUCCUUCCCGGCACGUCCUACGGUGGCUACCUGCUGUCGGAAAACAGGGUCGGAAUGAGUGCGCCGUCUACGUCGCUUCAUUUCACCACGAGUGAAGAAGCUCCCACAGCCCCUCCCUUGGAUAUCCGGGUCGUCGGAUUAGGAAGCACGCACGUCAAAAUUGAGUGGAAGGCACCGCCAAAAGAGCACCAGAAUGGCAAGAUACAGGGUUACCACGUCGGACAUCGCGCCUACGACUCCCCGAUGCUUCCCUACACGUACCAGACCGUGACGGGCGUUGACGCGACCCAAGCGGCCCUGCGUGCAUUGCGACCGAACACCCGCUACGCCGCAGUCGUACAGACCUUCAACUCGGCCGGACCAAGCCCGUCAUCUCAUCAGCUAGACUUCACGACGCUCGAGGAAGACCUCCCAGUGGCACCUGUCUUCAGCGUCAGCAGUGUCACAUGCUGCUCUGCAACAUUUACCAUAAAGGAGAGGAAACGAAGGAGCUUAACACAGUACGUGCUGGACUAUCGGGAACGGGGCGGCUACUGGCGCUCCGUCUACUUUCCGGCGCAUGCGCACACGCUCUCGCUGGACAGCCUGAGCAGAACGACGCCGUACGAGGUGGUCCUGUCGGCAUACAACAUGUACGGCCGCGGCGAUCCAUCAGAUCCGGUGCUUUUCGAGACCACUGGAGAGCAGCCCUUGCCGCAGAGGACGGAUGAAGGCACCAGAUACCUUCUGAACUCUCGAAUCAUAGGCCCUGUGAUCGCAUCCCUCUUAAUAAUCUUCACCUCAAUAGCUGUGGCUUGGAUCUUCUACAAGAAAAUCACGUCCCCAGAAAAAGAGCACCCAAUCAUCUACCAGAGUGCGACCCUUCCCAAGCACAUGUGGCCGGAUCAGGAGUACGCGACCAUCGCCAGGACCACCAUUCGAAGGAGGGUGGAAGAGGCCUACGACGUCCCUUGGGACAUGGAGGACGUCGUCGAAUGCCCUCCUAAGGUUGUGGAGGACUGCUACACGCUGCUCAAGAAGAAAGUGCCAGGCGAGCUGCAGAGAGUUCCUGCGGGCCAUUUCCUGCUCGAUGGUCCGUCCUGUUCUAUGCCAGACGAGCCGCCCGUUGAAGAACCGGAAAAAUGAACUUGCGUCUUUUCGUAAUUUCGUGCUUGCCUAUAUCAUCGCGAACAAAUCACCCUCAUUUGAUUUUCUACGGAUCACUCUUCUUACCAUAGACGCAGUAUCAGUCACAUCUGGCUGAAGCAUUGACUGAUAAAAACUGCAUAAGUGAAAGAUUAGUAAUAGAGAAUUAUCCAUGAUAAUUAACUACGUAUAUUGUGAAGUAUGGACAGCGCCUCGUGAUGCAUUAUAUAGUUUUUGUGAAAGCAGGAGUGAAUUUGACGUUAGCUUUUGGAUGCAUGAUUGGAAUGAAUUCUAGUUUGAAGACUUUCCGCGUAGGUUCAGCGUUAUGGUGGCACUUGAGUUUUGUGGUAGUGUUCUCCUUUUAACAAUAAAAAGCAGGAAAUGUAGCUAUAUAAACAAGGUAAGGAAGCAGAACACGCUCACCGCUCAAAGGAGCGGUACCAUUAUGUAAAACUGGCGAUUACGGCAUUAAAGUACAAGUUAAUACGUCAUAUGCAUAUGUGUUCGCAACACUUUGGUGGUAAAAAAUAACCACGAAACUUGGUUCUGAUUACAAUUUUGACACACUUGCUUAUGUAGUAGACAUGAUGAGCACAGUUGACUGCGACAAGCGGUAGCAUCAUAAGUGGCCGGCAAGGCAGUAGUGCUAAACCUUAAAAUACAGCCUGGUUAAGUGUAAUGACCUGUUAAAUCAUGUGCUACGGCAGCGGCUCUAAAGCAUGCUUGUCAAGGUAUAAAACGCGGCGAACGGAUCAGGGCAGAUUCCGUUCAGUAACCACUGCUAUCAGUGCUGACGUCAUUAAGCGUUCGAUAACAGGACUCGUUACUACUCAUGCAAACAGGGUUACGAAAUUCAAGUGGUGCACACCACUGGGUACGCACUUGUACGAUCGAAAAUCCCUGUUCCAGACAGAUGUGACUGGGCUUGCAAACAUCCAUCACGUUUUACUAUGAGCGAAGGCUGGGGACGUGCAAGGAAUACCUUUGAACGCUGCCGUGUAGUCAGUAUUCUCGGGAAUGUAGUGUUCGUCAAUGUCUCAGAAAACACUGAUAUUUCAGAAGCGUAUGUAUAUUAUAGUGUUUGGUCGAGUGUUCCAGUCCUUGAAGAUUCCUUCAAACUCGGUGCUUUUAGCACUUCGUCAAAAAAUUUGCGAUGAAGCGCAGCCGACGUAUGACGUUUGUCUGGUGCAUUAAUUUGGAGAACUACGUGAAGGUCGUGCUUCAUUGUUGAGUGGCUCUUUUCCUUGUGGCUUUCUUGCUUCCUGAACACGCCCGUCCCUUAAGUCCCUCGUGAAACUGAAUUUAACUUUGUUGCGCACAUAAAAAACAGAGGUCAAUGCUAGCCACCUGCAUUGCAGUUAAUAAGAUGCAAAAACUCAUGCGCACCAUUUAAGGACACUGAGAACGCAAUUACAAUUUGUGCGAUCUGAGGUGAGACGCUUAUGCAACUAAACCUUUGCCGAACACGAAAAAUGCAAAAAUAUUCAGGGCUUCCGCAGAAUAAAUGUUACUGUCUCAUCUUUCAGGCUGCUAUAUCAGAACGGACCUGAAUUUUUUCGUAGCUUUGCACGAAGCAACGGAUUUUGUAAUGCUUUUUUCAGAACGUAGAUUUAGCCUUUUAUACGAUGCGCAAACUGAUCACACAUUCAACUUAUCUUUAGGCAUUGAGCAAGAUAGUUUCUACAGUGACCUCCGUACUUCAAUAAUGUUUUGUAAACAUAUGAAAAGAAGAAGGUUCCUUGGAGCUUUUGCGAAUGUUUCACUUCCUUGCAUUUGCAAAACAUAUUUUAACAUACUCUCGCGUGUAUUUUUUCAGGCUAAUAUAAAGGCAAUGACCUAAACUUUGCUAACCAUCUGCAGCAAACUAAGACUGCCCAAAGUCUCUUAAAACGCCGUUUUUUUUUUUUCAAUACUAUGAGCUCAAACUGUUAAGAGGGCGUACGCGCGUUCUGAAGCAAGUUUCAUAUUUCUUUUCGCCAUUAAUUUUCUGGCUGUGCUGUAAGCAUCUGACAUAUAUACAGGCGGUUUAAUCGCAGAGAAGUCGCUUACCUUAAUUAUGGCACUAAUGCUUCACGGUUCGAGAAAAGUUAUCUUGGACACGAAAUUGUUGGCGUUUCUGCGUGCUGUAAAUGAGUUACAUAAAGCUAUUCGAGGACAAAAGGAUUACAUAGCCUUAUAUAAAACUUCAAAUACUCGCAGAAUGUUACUGCCGAGUGGGCAAGAAGGAACUGUGCUGAGCGCAUAAUAAAUCGUCAUCACGCAUUCGUAAAAUGACGCUGCGGUUAUGACAUCUGGAGCUUAUUGAAGUCAUGAGUCGUAUACAUCAUAAAUCAUCAGUCAAUGUCCACCCCUAGAUAACAAAAGAACGCAAGGCUAGGCGAAUAAUGAGGCGCAAAUACUUAGCGACAGUCGCGUUACAAUGUUUUUUUCAUCCGUUUCCUGUUUGGCACAUACCUACGCUCGGCAAUAUCAGAUAGGGCAUAUUAAUUGAUGCCGCUCUUUUGUUUCCGUUACUCCUCUGAAAUACUCUUUUUUGCACAUUAAUACCUUUCAGUUACCACGCAUACACAAUUUCGAAGUGGCAAACAACGUCUUUUUUGGUGCCUUAAACACUUACUUAAGCAAGUUGUGAUUGAUUUAGUUUAGAAUUAAGCUUUGACGAAUGGCAAAGGCGAAUGAUCUGCCUUGCGCAAGCUUAUGAAUACUAUCCGUGCAUGCAAUAAGCCGGAAGCUAAUUUUACAGGCUUAAUUAAAGUGGUUAGACGCAAGAACGAUCGUCAUUAGGACUAUGUGAGAGGCUAUAAUUUGUGUAAAUCCAUUCAUAAAUUGAGCAUACAUUUGUGUACACAUAUAAAGAAUAUGCACAUCACUUUAUGCAAAUUCAGUCAUAGAUGCAGGAAAUCAUAGCAGUCAUACAUUUGUGCACACACAUAAAGAGUAUGCACGUGUAUGAACGUUGAAAACACAAGUCUGUUCCAUUCAGCUUUUCAUUUGAUGCUCUUCGACACAAGCUCUGCAAACCCUCACAACUAUAUGUUGAUUCUGCGCAAUUCGAGCAAAGUAGUGACUUUUGAGUGUAGCGUCACUUCAAAGACCCAUUUCCUGUGAUAUUCCGCACCAAAUAUUGAAACGUGGUGUGGAAUUUCAAACUUGAGACAUCAUUAACUAGCGCCAAAAAGACACCGGACGACAGCCAGUACCACGACAGCCAGUAUUCAAAACGCUAGCUAAACUGAAUCCCAACAGUAUGGACAAUUGUCGCUACACAUCGAGAAAACGAAUUAAGCAUUGUAUUUCAUCUUGACGGCAUCACAGAUACUUACAAUAACCAUUGCAGGGUGUCUACCAAGUCGACAUUUCCAAAUUCCCUGAGUUUUCCAGGUUUUCCCUGAAUGCCCUUGCAAAAUUCUCUGAGUGACACAGAACUUCGUUUUAUGUUAAGACGGGCUGACGCCAUGUCACCCGAUGCUGUCACUCUCUGGUAAGCAUGUUAAAGAGGAAGAAUAAACCUUAUUUGUAAGAAGGAGCAGACGGUGGAGUUGUCCGAGGAAGGAAUAAUAAGGAUUAAUGUUUAUUUCAUUAAAAAAGAAAACAGAAGGAAGGGGUUAGUAAAAUGCACAGCGAAUAAAAUAUCUUCGAAGAAUGUGAUAAGCACCAUUGCAAAUAGAUUCGAACAUAUUCAAAUACGAAUAAAAAGACAUGCAUACAGAAGCAAAUAUUUUCUAAUGUGAGCUAUUUCAAUGAACUGAUAGUAAGCUCAUCGGUGUGAGGGCAGAAGUUUCUCACAAGCGAGAUUCUUUUUCAGCAGUUGGAAAGUCACCCUCAACGGUCCUGACAUACUCUCAGCCCGCGCACAACGCGUCAGCGUUGCGUUUCACUGCUUUGGUUUGGAUGAGAGACAUCUGCAUCGCGGCGUCAGACAACACUUUGAAGGAGCUUGAGCUCAAAAAACAAAGAAGCGGCGGCACACUUCCUUCCCCGUUCAUUCUUCAAUGCGUCGGUUUUUUCCGUUCUUGUCUUCCUUCCGCCACACGUUCGCCCUACGGACCAUUUGGAACAUCGCCUUGGUCAGUUGUAGAGUCAACGUCCGAUUUUUCGGACUCCCUAUGGGCCACGAAAGCGCCCAAAAAAUCGGGCAUACCAAAAAAAAAAAUGAAUGCACGUCUUUCACUGCCCUGAAGGGCUCAAAUCACCACGGGCACGUCCGACAAAGCUGUGAAUGGCUGCCAGUACACUUAUUAGGCAUACCGGUACUCGUACUGUGACAGGAGACGGCGGGUGCACGCGUGUAUAAUCAAGAAUACAUACCACGUCUCGUCACAAUUGCCCCUUCACACUCUUGAUAUGCUUCACCGCAAUACUUUACGUAUGCUUCAUUGCGUAACAUUGCUAUAUUGAGGCGCAGCUGACUUUCGGAAAUCGGCCUUAUGAAUCGCGUCGUGCUUUCCGAGCUUCGAAGUCAAUCGCGAAGAUUACAAAGGCGGAGUCGGUGCCAUUGCCAGGAACGGCAAAUUCUCUCACAGAAAAAACACGGCAUCGAACGACAAGCUUAACAGCAAACACCGAAGCCUCUAGGCCUAAGCGUUGCCGCGGUGGUGGCUACAGUUACCAGCGGAUAUGCAUGCGAGAGCGCCAGUUCAAGGCGGCGAAAUAAUCAAAAUGGCGUAGGUGGUGGCUUUGAUUAAUGCCAUUUCGGACCUGCGCCCACGGCAAGAAGUCCGGAAAAUCGGACCACGAAGGGUUCAUGCGUGCAAAAUUGCAGGCUUUGCUAUACAUUGACUCUAUUGGGUACAUAGUGGUGCCGCGAAGCCACCCGAAUUAUCCGGCAUCUCCCAAAAAUCAGGCGUCCGGAAAAUCGGUCGUUGACUGUACACUGGCAACUCCUCCAGCUGAGGACACGGCGACAAAGAUGAUUCGUUACGGUCCCUCUCUUUUACUCGAAGCCAGCAUUAGCGCGGCUUUCGUUCCUUUCAAUAAAAUUACACCUAAUUUUCCCUGAUAGAAGCACAAAUUCCCUGAGUUCUCCCUCAGUAUUUCCAGGCUGUUCAAGAUCCCUGAGAAUUGCCGGUUUUCCCGAUUGGUAGAUACCCUGCAUUGAACUUUAUGUGACGCGAGACUCAUUUGACUUUUGAAAGAUGUGAAAUAAUUAAAUAUUUGUGAAAUAAUGUGCUGCAUUUAUGUGUA